AUGGUGAUGAAAGAGACUGUUGAAGUUGUCCAUGAUGAGGCUGAUCCAGUACUUAUGAGGAAUGGAGAGAACAAAGACAGAGAAGAGGAUAUUGCAAAUGCAAAGAAGGAAGUCGAAGAACAGCUACGACUGCACAGAUCAUGGAUAUCGGAAAAUAAGCAAGCAGGGUGUGAAGGGAGGGGUGUAUAUGUGUAUGAUCUGCCAUCAAAGUUUAAUAAGGAUUUGGUAGGUCAAUGCAGAGACAUGGUUCCAUGGAUGGACUUCUGCAAGUACUUCAAAAAUGAGGCCUUGGGAGAACCAAUUCCUAAGCUUGGAAAUGGUUGGUACCAGACACAUCAGUAUUCAUUGGAGCCAAUAUUCCAUCAAAGGGUUUUGAAGCAUCCUUGCAGGAUUUACAAUGAGAAUGAAGCCAAACUGUUUUAUGUCCCAUUUUAUGGUGGCUUGGAUAUUCUAAGAUGGCAUUUUAAGAAUGUUUCCAAUGAUGUGAAAGAUGCUUUGAGUUUGGAGCUCAUAACUUGGCUUGAGAAACAAAAACCAUGGGCUAAGAAUUCAGGUAAAGAUCAUGUAAUAGUGUUGGGGAAGGUUUCAUGGGAUUUUAGGAGAAAGGACGGUUCAUGGGGAACUAGACUGUUGGAGAUUGACCAAAUGGAAAACCCAAUAAAGCUUUUGAUUGAGAGGCAACCAUGGCAGCCAAAUGACAUUGGCAUUCCACAUCCAACAUACUUCCAUCCACACUCAGAUGAUGAUAUCAUGGCAUGGCAAUGGAAGAUCAUCAGUUCAUAUCGAAAAAGGUUAGUGAGCUUUGCUGGGGCAGCAAGGCCUGGUGCAGCUGAGAGCAUAAGGUCCAUAUUGAUCAAACAAUGCAAUUCAUCAGCACACAAUGGAAACCAAUGCCACUUUCUUGAUUGUAGUUCAGGUGGAUGUGACCAGCCAGAGUCAGUCAUCGAGCUUUUCAUGGAGUCUGAAUUCUGCUUGCAGCCUCCAGGGGACAGCCCAACUAGAAAAUCCCUAUUUGAUUCUCUAAUUUCAGGUUGCAUACCUGUGCUAUUCGAUCCGUUUACAGCUUACUACCAGUAUCCAUGGCAUCUACCAGAGGAUCAUGAAAAAUAUUCUGUGUUUGUAGACCAAGAAGAGGUGAGGCAAGUGAAGGUGAAUGUGGUGGAAAUGCUGAUGAAGAUUUCUAAGAAGGAGAGGGAUGAUAUGAGGAGGUAUAUUGUGUAUGAAUUGCUACCUGGUUUGGUAUAUGGAGAUUCAACUGCCAAGCUUGAGAAGUUUCAGGAUGCAUUUUCCAUUAUAAUGAGUAAUCUGAUGGAGAGAGUGACCAAAAUGGAUUCAACAGCAUAA